GGAAGAGCACUUGGCGCCCAAAAAUCCUCUAAAUCACUAGGGUUUUUAGGGUUUUGGGAAAUCAACCCCCAAGUUUUCCAUUUCCGCACUUUUGUAUAUAUAACAUACAUAUAUAUCUAUACACAGAGAGAGAGAGAGAGAGAGAUAGAGAGAGUUUGGAUGGUAAUCGAAUGAACCAGUCGUGUAGCACAACAAUCAAGCUUGAACUCGGCACAUCCAUGGCGUUUUGCAGCGGAUUUCGUCUACUGAGAUACCAGCUUUCACCUCCCCUGUCGCAGAUCCGUUUCUCGAGGCUCCGGCAGGGUAUAUCAGAGCACCGGUUCCUCUCGGCCGUUCCGAGGCGUGGUCGGCCGGCGAAUGUGAAAGCCAAGCCAAGCGAAGAGAACGCGAGAGAGGAGGCAAAGGGAGGGAAUGGAAGUCUGAUGGUGAAGGAGAAAGAUGGAAGGGUCAUUCAGACAGAGCUUCACAGGGAGGCGACUGAUGCCUAUAUGGCGUAUGCGAUGUCUGUGUUGCUGGGCCGAGCUUUGCCGGAUGUCCGCGACGGUCUCAAGCCUGUCCACCGGAGGGUUUUAUAUGCAAUGCAUGAAUUGGGCCUUUCAUCACGAAAGCCCCACAAGAAAUGUGCUAGAGUUGUUGGAGAGGUUCUUGGUAAAUUUCAUCCCCAUGGGGACACUGCUGUCUAUGAUUCCUUGGUCCGAAUGGCACAGGAUUUCUCCUUACGCUGCCCACUCAUUCGAGGGCAUGGGAAUUUUGGUUCAAUUGAUGCGGAUCCUCCCGCAGCAAUGCGUUACACGGAGUGCAGAUUGGAAGCACUUACAGAAGCAAUGCUAUUGGCUGAUUUAGAUCAAGAUACAGUUGACUUUGUUCCAAAUUUUGACAAUUCUCAGAAAGAACCAUCACUUUUGCCUGCCCGGAUUCCGAAUUUAUUAUUGAAUGGUUCUUCUGGGAUUGCGGUUGGAAUGGCAACAAAUAUUCCUCCUCAUAAUCUCGGAGAGUUGGCGGAUGCACUAUCGGUGUUGAUUCAUAAUCCUGAAGCAACGCUGCAAGAAUUGCUGGAAUACAUGCCGGGACCUGAUUUUCCAACUGGAGGAAUAAUAAUGGGUAAUAUUGGCAUCUUGGAGGCAUAUCGAACUGGAAGAGGACGUAUCAUAGUUAGAGGGAAGACGGAAAUUGAAUCGCUUGAUUCUAGAACCAACCGAAGUGCAAUUGUUAUAACAGAGAUCCCAUAUCAGACUAACAAAGCCACUCUUGUUGAGAAAAUUGCCGAGCUUGUGGAAAACAAGAGUUUGGAUGGCAUAAGUGAUAUUCGUGAUGAAAGUGAUCGGUCGGGGAUGCGUGUAGUCAUUGAGCUUAAACGGGGAUCGGAUCCAUCAAUUGUUCUGAAUAACCUGUAUCGCCUUACUGCUCUCCAGUCUAGUUUUAGUUGCAACAUGGUGGGUAUUCUCAACGGGCAACCUAAACUAAUGGGCUUGAAGGAAAUGCUCCAGGCUUUCUUGGAUUUUAGAUGCUCUGUAGUUGAGAGACGCGCAAGAUUUAAGCUUUCACAAGCACAGGAUAGAAGUCAUAUAGUUGAGGGUAUCGUAGUUGGUCUUGACAAUUUGGAUGGAGUGAUUAAUGUCAUUAGGAAAGCUGCAAGCAAUGCAAUGGCAUCAGCAGAUUUGAUGAAAGAGUUUAGUUUGUCUGAAAAGCAAGCUGAAGCUAUAUUGGACAUUAGCCUAAGAAGGCUUACACAACUUGAGAGAAAUAAAUUUGUCAAUGAGGGGAUAUCCUUGAUGGAACAAAUUUCCAAGUUACAGGAACUUUUGUCGAGCAAAAACCAAAUACUCCAGUUAAUAGAACAAGAAGCAACUGAACUAAAGGAGAAGUUUUUCACUCCAAGGCGUUCGAUGUUAGAGGACACUGAUAGUGGUUUACUUGAAGAUAUAGAUGUUAUCCCAAAUGAGGAAAUGCUACUGGCAAUUAGUGAGAAAGGUUAUGUUAAACGAAUGAGACCUGACACCUUCAACCUCCAAAAACGGGGAACCAUUGGUAAAUCAGUUGGAAAAUUGAGAAUAAAUGACACAAUGUCUGACUUCCUUGUUUGUCAUGCGCACGACCAUGUCCUGUACUUUAGUGAUAAAGGAGUUGUGUACUCAGCACGGGCCUAUAAAAUUCCAGAGUGCACCCGGGCUGCCGCUGGCACACCAUUGAUUCGUAUCUUGUCCUUAUCUGAUGGGGAAAGAAUAACCUCCAUUAUAACUGUGAGUGAAUUCGUGGAAGAUCAGUAUCUUCUAAUGCUUACCAUAAAUGGCUACAUCAAGAAAGUUUCUUUAAACUAUUUCUCAUCAAUCAGAUCGAUGGGAAUCAUUGCAAUUCAAUUGGUUCCUGGUGAUGAACUCAAAUGGGUCCGUCGUUGCACAAAUGAUGACCGUGUGGCUAUGGCGUCACAAAAUGGAAUGGUUAUUGUGAGUUCUUGUGAGAAAGUUCGAGCAAUUGGAAGAAACACUAGGGGUUCAGUUGCCAUGAAACUACAAAAUGCAGAUAAAAUGGCCAGUGUGGACAUCAUUCCAGUAACCUUGCCAAAAGAGUUGGCGACGGACUCGGAAAUUCAUCAGAGCUAUACUAAGGGCCUAAUUGGCCCAUGGCUGUUGUUCGUGACUGAGAGCGGUCUCGGAAAGCGAGUUCCUCUCAGCAGGUUCCGCGUGGGAGGUUUAAAUAAAAUUGGUGUGAAAGGUUACAAGUUUUCUGAAGAAGAUCAGUUGGCAGCAGUGUUUGUAGUUGGAUUUUCAUUGGCAGAAGACGGUGAAAGCGAUGAACAAGUCGUUCUUGUGAGCCAGAGCGGAACUGUCAACCGAAUAAAAGUUCGGGAUAUUUCUAUACAGGGACGCUAUGCAAGGGGAGUUAUAUUGAUGCGACUUGAGCAUGGUGGAAAAAUCCAAUCGGCUUCAUUGAUCUCAGCAUCAGAAGCUGAGCCUGAAGAAGAAGAAUUCGAAGCUGCUGCUGUUUUAUAAGAUUCGAGGCAUUUGAUACUUAUGAUUGUAGCAUCCAGUAGGAUAGGGGCCGGUUUUGUAAAAUCAUUUAGUGGCCUUACAAGACUAAAGAUGGAAGUAACCUAUCUGUAAAUGAUAACAUUUUUUGUCGGAUGGCAUCUACAGUGUACAGUUUGAACUCCCUUAGUGGUUCCAUCGUUGUAACCUGAAGUGUUGGUGCGCAUGCAAGUUUAUAUAAUCUCAAGUAUUAUUUUGUA